AUGAGACCAGCAUGGACAGCAGCCAAGAAAAUAUUGAGCUCAUCAAAGAGAUCGCCUCUUUUACCACCUCUAAAACUUUAUAGAGAAAUACUGAGGGCUCAUAGAAAGCUCCCGAAAGCUCAAAAAGAGCUGGGAGACGAGUAUGUGAAAGCAGAAUUUAGGGCACACAAGAAUAUCGACAAUCCAUUACAGAUAGUUGGAUUUCUAUCAUCCUGGCAGAACUAUUUGGUUGUGGUAAAAAAGAAUACACACGAUGACUGGAAAAAAUACAGAAUACCUGAAAAACUCUUAGAAAAGAUGAGCGAUGACCAGAUUAUCCAGUUCUAUGAGCUUAUGAAGGAGACUCGCAACAUAUACAGUGACAAACAUGUUGAAGAAGAGACACGUGUGGAAAAAAGGACGGAGUAA